AUGUCAGCACAAGCAAGAUUGUCCAUGGUGCUAUCCCACCUACAACACCGAACCAAACAUGAACUUCGACCUGAAUUUCCGUUGUUACCUACUGAAGAACGGGCCAAGUAUAACGGAGAAGAAUAUUAUAAGAUUGUUCCUAAUAUAAGUAAGGUUGUAUCAUCGGUUACACCUGGAACAUUUCGAUUGAAUAGUCCAAGUGGUGGAUUUGACGAGUUGUUUAAUUUUAUAAGUAAUAGAAUAAGUGAAGAAUGUCCUCAGGGGAAUAUUGCAUUUUGCGAUGUUAUUGGAGUACUAGAAGGAUUUGAAUGUGAUCUGAAUGAUCGGAUAUUAUAUGUCAGUGAAGACAAUAGUAAGCUAGUGGAGGAGUAUAAUGUUACAUAUAGUAAUUUAAAGGAGCUUGAUAAUGAAACUAUUACUGGAUCUUAUGAGUUUGUAAUAUUGAACCAUGUGAAGUCUUCCAUUAUGAGUGAUUUAACAAAGUUUAUAAGGUCAACUAAUCCUAAUGCUAUAAUAAUUACCGUUGACAAUAUGAAAAACUUGUCCAAGUUUGAAGAAUGGAAUUCAGAUGUGUUUAUUGCAGAUCUGAAUGUCAAGUUAUCAGUAUUAAGAAAAGACAUAGUAGACAAGGUUAAAAAUGAAGCUCCAUUGAAUAUGUCGCAAGCAUAUAAAACUUUAAAUCUUCCCACAUUUACAGAAUUAUCUUUGUUAAAGUUGGAGCUUUGUACGAGAGAGUUAAUAGAAGGUUAA